CGAACAAAGUACAGGUCCAUUUCUAGCCUAUCGAGCUCCUCAGGUAGUAAAACCCUACCUACACCUCGUGCCGCCUCCGUCGCCGGCUCGCCUCCCCAUCGACGCGCAGGCAGCCCUGCGUUUGCUCCCCGUCGGUCGGGAAAGGGGCGCGCCGGCGCUGCCUCCAGCAAUCAACUCGCCGCAUCCAAUCACGGCGCCUCCCUCCUCGAUUGGCUCCUCGGUGGUUGGUUGUUAUAGGCAGGCGGGAAGGAUGUUCUCGCUGAGCCAGAUCGAGCACGACCUCCCGAUGCCGCCGCACCUGCUGAGCCGCCCCCUUCCCGACGCCAUCAAGGCCGAGCUCGAGAGGCUCUUCUUGGACAAGGUAAUCACAAAACUUGGGCUGUGCGUGUCUGUCUAUGAUAUCCGAUCCAUUGAAGGCGGUUCCAUCCAUCCAGGGGAGGGCUGCUCGACUUAUAAAGUUUCAUUUCGUUUGCUGAUGUUCAAGCCUUUUAAUGGGGAGAUUCUUGUUGGGAGGAUUACUGGAUAUGACGAUAAGGGAUUGCAGGUUUCACUUGAAUUCUUCAGUGACAUUUGCAUACCUGGACACUUGAUGCAGUUUGGCACAGUAAGGGGACCAGAUGGUAGGUGGAUGCUGAAGACUGAAUUAGGCGAUGAGCUUUAUCUAGAUCUAGAUGACGAGAUAAGGUUCUUGGUUUCUAGCACAAAAUACCCGCCUAUACCAAUUGAUCAAAAUGAGGAUGACCCACCAUUUGCUCCAAUGCAGAUUGUUGGAAGUAUUAAAGGGGAUGGCCUUGGUCUUCUUGUUUGGUGGGCAGCUGAUGAAGAGGAGGGGGAGGAGGCGGCAGAGGAAGAGCAAUAGCAUCGUGUUGCUUGAGGGCUCACUUCGUGUAAUUUACAGAAUCAGCCUGGUAGCAUGUGUAGUGUAGGGGUCAGGUUCCUAGGAGAAUUAUGUAUGUAUGCAAUCCCCUGAAAUUUUCUAAAUAUCUGUGAGCUAUAUAUAAUUUUAUAGCGC